UUUCAAACUCGUCGAAAACUUUGUGAAUAAAAGAGAAAUUGAAAAUUUACCCAACCUAGGAUUGUAUAGAGCAGCCAUUUUAGGCGUGGCAAAGAAUAUGACUUUCUUAGCUUGGGCAGCACAGCAGAAUGUACCCAACCCAUCUAAAAAGAAAGAAUUUUUGAUAUCCUUGUUUUUGCCUUGAACAUGAAGCAUUGCCCCUUCCCUUUACAACCCCAAAGCCCCCUUUGGACACAACAGAGUUAGCAAGUAAAGAACCAGAACCUCCCCUUCCCCCCCAUUUAUAACCAUCUGAUCUGCUCCCUGCUUACACAUUUCACUUCAAUCUUUUCUCCUCUCCUCAAAAUCCCAACUUUUUUGGGUCCUCAGCUUUUCUCUUUCUGCCCAAAUGGCCAACACACAGAUGAAAUCCAUUGCCACUUUGCUUCUGUUGCUCAACUUCUGUAUGUACGCCGUUAUUUUGGGCAUUGGUGGGUGGGCCAUGAAUACAGCCAUUGAUCAUGGCUUCGUCAUUGGUCCCGAUUUUCGACUACCGGCACAUUUUUCGCCCAUUUACUUCCCCAUGGGGAAUGCAGCCACUGGGUUCUUUGUGACAUUUGCUUUGUUGGCUGCUGUUUUUGGAGCUGCCUCAGCAAUUUCAGGACUGAACCAUAUUCGUUCAUGGAGUGUUGACAGCUUAGGUGCUGCAUCCUCUGCUGCUGUUUUUGCUUGGACUCUCACUAUUCUUGCUAUGGGCUUUGCUUGCAAAGAGAUUGAACUGGAUUUCAGAAGCACAAGACUGAUAACAAUGGAGGCCUUCUUCAUCAUUCUCUCUGUUACACAGCUACUUUACAUUAUGGCCAUUCAUGGCGCUCCAUCCAUAAGAUGAGACCUAAAAGCUGGAAAAAGGCAUAGUUUAUUUGUUUGAUUUAUUACCCAUUUUCAGGUUUCUUCAAUAUUGCUUUCCUUUCAACUGAAAACCUUGCAACUUGGCAGGGAGCUUAAUUUUUAGGAGAUUUGUGUUUUUGUGAUUUGUGUGUUGUGAUUGAAUUUGUAUACAACAUUAUGACAAUAAACCAUGCUUUGAUAUUUGUUUUAAAA